CCUAUUUUUCUGUAGAAAGAAGAUGGAUUUGGAAAAGUCUGUGACUGAACGCUCGACUUCUAGUCGCCGUGAAAAAAGUUUGGGGCUACUCACGAUGAAGUUUGUCAGUCUACUUCAAGAAGCUAAGGAUGGCGUUCUUGACUUAAAAGUGGCUGCACACAGCUUGGCAGUGAAGCAGAAGAGGAGGAUUUAUGACAUCACCAACGUCCUGGAAGGUGUUGGGCUAAUUGAAAAGAAAAACAAGAACAUCAUCCAGUGGAGGGGUAAGAACAGAGGGAGCCAAAGUGAGGAGGUGUUGGAGCAGAUUAGAGUUUUAAAAGCCCAAAUCUCUGAGCUGGAGGUUCAAGAGAAGGAGCUGGAUGACCAGAAGGCCUGGGUGGAGGAGAACAUCGAACAACUCCACCAUGAUCCAGACAUCCAUGCAUACAGAUUUGUGACGCAUGAAGACAUUUGUGAUUCUUUUAGUGGAGACACCCUUCUGGCUGUUGUUGCUCCUUCUGGAACCCAGCUGGAGGUGCCUCUUCCUGAGAUGGUUCAAAGUGGCCAAAAGAAAUACCAAGUGAACAUGCGCAGCCACUCAGCUCCCAUCCAAGUGAUGCUCAUCAACAGGGAUUCCAACUCCAGCAUGCCUGUGGUCUUUCCUAUACCACCCACUGAUGGUAUAUGUCUGAUGCCAACUCCUCCCAGUGCGCCUGUCAGCCUGCAGAAGUACCCCCUCCUAAACGGUGCUGCAACUACAUCCAACACCUCGUCCUCCUGCUGCAGCCAGGAUUCUAUCUCCUCAGACCAGCAGAUGGCGCUGCCAGACAACGAUAAAGAGCUAACUUCAUCCUCUGCCACGGGUGAUGUGCAGAUGGAGUGUCAGAGUGAAUCAGUGGCAGCAGUAGUGUUGGAUCAGCAGCAAAUAGACGUGGAGGACCCAGAGUACCAGGCUGAUCUGGAUAUUGGCCACCUGCUAAGAUUAAGCACUGGCGGCAGCAUGAGAAACAACAGAGAUGGAGCUGUUGACCUUAUUGAUGACCUAAUGUCUGCUAAUGGUAUAGAUUACAGCUUCAAUCUGGAUGACGGUGCAGGAGUGUGUGACCUGUUUGAUAUGCAGAUCCUCAAUUACUGAUCUCUGAUGGUGUCUCAGCAUCCUGCCUACACUCUGUUGCCCUCUUUAUAAAAACACCUCCAAGAAUUAAUUCCUGUUUUGUUAGUAUUGCACAGCUGCUACUUCGUGUGCCAUUAUUGCCUUUAAAAAACAUAUCUGGUCAUCUUUACUGUCCAACUGUACACCCAACACACUACAGUGAACUUCUGACAAUAGAACAAUUGCCUAAAUGCAUUUAUUUUAUGCAACUGCAUGUUGGGUUUUUUUGCAGUUUAUUUUUUUACAAUAAUUUGUAUUCAUUCAGAGUGGAUUUAGUUUACUUUUUGUGUUUCAACCAAGGUUGAGUAUAUUUUGAGAAUGUACCCUCUUUUUUUAUAUGUCAAAUUGACCACUUCUGUCACAGUUCUGUUUCUUAAAAAUGUGGCAUGCAGAGAAUUAAGGUGUUGGCUUAUUUGUUUUGCUGUAUCAUUAAAAAAGCCAGAAUGUUUUCUGUUGUUUGUUACAGACACUGCCUUUUGGUCAUAUCACAAUUGUAUAUUAAAAUAAUUAAUUUUAUACGUAAUUUAAUUAUAUAAGGCUCAAUUGUUCUGAUAUUU